AUGCCAGUCUCCAACAGUAACAGCGCUCAUGCCCGCGUCCAGUCCAAACUUUUAGUCCGCCCAGAAGAGUCCCUCCAACGAGACUCCGAGGCCACCCUCCGUCGCCUUCACCAGACAGUUCAGGUCACCAAGCCCGUCUGGAGCCUCCUCACCGGCAGCCGAUCCAAUGUCGAUGUCCAUGGCUCGGUUCCGGUUGCGAUCAUCACCUCCCAGGACUCGUUCCCGAUGCACAAUGCUGCCGAGCAUACCCCCCGGCCAUUGUUGAAUGCUAUUGUUACUCGGGCCGUCCUCUUGACCUCUUCCAUCGAUGGCCAUGUCGCCGAAACGACGGAGAACGAGUGCUUUAUUACAGGAGAGUUUGCAAGGAAAUACUUCCCAUCGAGCAGCUUUGACAACCAAGUUCAUAUCACAAUCCAAAAGACUGAUUUGGUCGUCCUCGACGAAAUCAUCCUUGCUGCCACCACUUCCGAGGCAUACGAGAUCAUCUCAGAAGAACCAAGCUUGAUCUCAAGUCACUUUUUACCAGAGGGCGGCGAACCAGUCAUCAUUCAAUAUGACCAGACAUACACGAUCCAGGGUCCCAACGGAGAGCAAUUGCCGGUCAAGGCUCUCAUGUGCAAUCCCGUCCUACAGGGCAUCAUGGAGGAGGAUACAAGUGUCAUUUUCACUGACAUGGCUGAUGAGGCACUGGAUCAACAACCUUCUACAACCAACGCCGACUUCUUUGGAUCCGCCAUCCCCAACAAUCACCUUAACAUCUUCGAAAACGAAGCCGAUCCUUUUGAAUUUGACGCUGAUUUUAUUGCCUCCAGGUUCUUGGUCAAGGACCAUCAUCACACGUCCACUGGAUCCAAGAGCGCCUUCAAGGACUUGCACUUUUCAGUUGCAGAACUGGAGGAUGACGAUGAUGAGGAUGACGAGGAAGAGGAAGAGGACAACAAUACGUUUUCGGAUGUCUUGGAAGAUUCCGGAGAUGAGAUUGAUGGCCGGAAGAUCCAUAAGGAAGUCAACGGGCAGAGCCGGCGCAUGCGAUCCUUCUCGCACCAGGCGGAUGAUGCUGUCAAGAGCUCUGCUGUAGAGGAGAGGGAGCGGCCGGUGAAGAAGACUUCUGUCGAUUUUGCGCCUUGGGUCCAAAAGGGUCAUUACCCAUCCCAGAAGCUGUCCCCUCAGCCCUCGCCCGAGGAUGAUCCCGAGGCAAGAAUCUUUGUCGAUGUCGCACAGCUCGGAAAGCUGCGUGUCUUUAGCGGUGACUGGGUUGUGGUGUCGGCAAAGGAGUCAAAGGUGACGACUCGAUUCUGCAGGAUCUACGGAUUAACUUUCCCAGUAACAGACGCAUCCAAGGGCUUGGGCCUGCCUCGUGUGUACUUGCCCGCAGGACUUUACUUCAACCUCGGAUCCCCCGCCACCCUCGUCAUUGAUGCUGCUCAUCUGAAGCAAGAGGAGCCCACCAUCGCCAAGGCGGUCACCGUUGCCAGAGUCGCCUCCCCCGCUACAGUUGACAAGGCCUUGCAGACUGCUUGUUUGGAGGCUCUGAAGGAGUGGUUCGAGGAGUAUGAGCGUGUGGUCUGUGAGGGCGAUGUUAUUGGUGUCGAGAUUGAUGAAGAGGCUGCCAAGUUGGCCCCCAAGCAGCUCGGCCCUGAAGAUGCUAGCGAUCUUGACAUUAGGCUGCCUUUGUCGGCUUCGACGUUGAAGACUACUAUCUACUUCAAGUUGACACAUCUGGAGGACGCCAGCAGUCCCAACAAACAUACCCAGUUGGUUGAUCCUUCUGUUACAAAGAUGAUUCAAUCUGGACUUGAGCAUUCCCGUGUCCCUCCCAAGUUGAAACGCAAUGCUCGCAGCCCAGCAAUCCCAGCGUUGGACGACGCUUCAGGGCCAAAGGCAUUCGCUCAGUUGUACCAAUUAGUGUCGUCUGGACUGCACCCCUUCUCGUCCAAGCUAGGCUUGAACUGCACUGUCUUGUUGCAUGGCGCUCGGGGUAUCGGCAAGAAGACUGUGAUUGACUGGGUCGCAGAUAUGGCAGGCAUCCACGUGAUGGAGGUCAACUGCUUUGACAUUGCAAGCGACACUGACGCUAAGACCGAGGUUGCUGUUCGGGCCAAGUUUGAUAAGGCUGUCGCCUGUGGGCCUUGCAUCUUGGUGCUUCGCCACAUUGACGCCCUUGCGAGAAAGAGUGUCGCUUUGGAGACCGGUCAAGAGCCAAUUUUGUCGACGGUCCUCAAGGAUUGCUUCACGCAGUUGGGUGAUGCGUUCAAGACGAUGGGCCACCCAGUGACGGUGAUUGCAACGACUGGCGAUAUCGACAAGGUGCCCACGUCGGUUCUGGGAUGCUUCUUGCACGAGAUUGGAUUUGAUGCGCCGGAUGAGGCUCAGCGUUUGGCCAUCUUGAAGAACUUGACGACGACGACUCCCCUGGGACCCGAUGUCUCGUUGAAAUCGUUGGCUACCCAGACUGCUGCCUUGGUUGCUAAGGAUCUUGUCGAUCUUACUGGACGUGCUGGUCUGGUCGCCAUUGACCGUGUCGAAAAGUCGAUUGAGGAGUGGAACAAGGGUGCGGUGGCUGCUCAGAGUUUGGUCAAUGCUGGAGUCACUGUCACGGCUGCAGAUUACGACACAGCGUUGAACAAAGCCCGCGCCUCGUACUCGGACUCGAUCGGAGCGCCCAAGAUCCCCAACGUCACCUGGGACGAUGUCGGAGGUUUGGCGUCUGUCAAGAACGAUAUCCUCGACACUAUUCAGUUGCCUCUGGAGCAUCCUGAGCUCUUUGCCAGUGGACUCAAGAAGCGAUCUGGUAUUUUGCUGUAUGGUCCUCCCGGUACUGGAAAGACUCUUCUUGCCAAGGCUGUGGCCACGUCGUGCUCGCUCAACUUUUUCUCAGUCAAGGGUCCUGAGCUGUUGAACAUGUAUAUUGGAGAGUCUGAGGCUAAUGUUCGUCGAGUCUUCCAGCGUGCCCGUGAUGCCAAGCCCUGUGUCAUCUUCUUUGAUGAGUUGGAUUCUGUCGCGCCCAAGCGUGGAGAGAAGGGAGAUUCUGGAGGAGUGAUGGAUCGUAUUGUCUCACAGUUGCUGGCUGAGCUCGAUGGUAUGAAUGGCGGCGAGGGGUCUGGGGAUGUGUUUGUGAUUGGAGCGACUAACCGACCAGAUCUGUUGGAUCCUGCCUUGUUGCGCCCUGGGCGGUUUGACAAGCUGUUGUACCUGAGUGUCAGUACCAAGCAUGAAGAGCAGCUGAGGAUCAUCCAGGCGUUGACGCGCAAGUUCCGGUUGCACCCUUCGUUGGAUCUGGCCAAUGUUGCAGAGAAGUGUCCCUUUAACUAUACUGGAGCUGAUUUCUAUGCUCUUUGUUCGGAUGCUAUGCUCAAGGCAAUGACUCGUACUGCUGACGGAAUCGAGAGCCGUGUUGUGACGAUCAACAAGGACGAGACAUCAACACUCCCUCGCCCAAUCACAUCCCAAUACUACCUCGACCACCUCGCCCAGCCAGAAGACAUCGUCGUCCAAGUAACCGAAGAGGACUUUGACCAAGCCCUGGCCGAAUUGAUCCCCUCUGUUUCUGCCCAGGAACUGGAGCACUACAAGCAGGUUCAAAAGAUGUUCAAUAGCGACGAUUUCGCAAAGGAGGCUGAGACUGCUGCUGCUGCUGAGGCUGAAAAGAAGAGGUUGGUUUAUCAGGAGCAGGAGGAGAGAGAGCUUUCGGAGGCGUUGAGGAAGGUUGAAGAGGCUCAGAAUUUGAUCUCUGCCGAGAUCCGUCAUCAUCACGAGGAGGGGGAGGAGGAUGAGGGAUAUGUUGAUGUUGGAAAGGGGAAGGGGAAGGAGGUGAAGGGUAAAGGAAAGGGGCGGUCAGUGGAGUAUAGCCAUGUGGCUGACCAUGUCACACAGCAAUUGGAGGAGAAUGUGUCACUUCAGACGGUGGAGGAGCAGGCUGUCGAGAAGACGUCUGUUGUUGACGGAGAUGUCCAUGCUCACCUCGCCGCUGCUGAUGCGACUGGUGGGUUGGAGCAGCCAUUGAUGGUGAGCGAACAGGAUCAGGAAGCUAUUGAGGAGGUCCUCGGUGGGUCUGGCAAUGGCAAUAGCAAUAGCAAGAAGAGCGGGAAGGGUAAAGCUAACAAAGGCAAGGGCCGUAAAUAA